AUGGCGGCAAAAUGUGUGCUGCUGCCAGUUGUGAUAGCCUUGUUGUUUCAGUCCAUGUCAGCAAAAAUGGAGAAAUCUUUCGAUAAAUUCUUGAAGAGUGAUCACACAAACAAUUGGGCGGUAUUGGUAAGAGAAAAAAUAUAAAACCAUCACUGACAGUGGAGUAGAGGAAGCGGACUUAAAACUCUCUAUUUUUUAGGUUUGUACGUCUCGGUUCUGGUUCAACUAUCGCCAUGUAGCUAACGUUCUGUCCAUUUAUAGAAGUGUCAAAAGACUUGGAAUCCCCGAUAGGUAGGUAAAUUAUUUCUAAAUAUCAAGAAAUGUAAUUAGAUGCGUUCACUCGUCAACAAACAAACAAAAAUUGAAAGUGUGGGGUUUUAAACAUUGGGAUUAACUGCACAACCUACACUUUGCUACUGAAAAACCGGAGCUGCGUGGUAUGUUGUAUACAGAGAAUUAUAGAGUCAAUAAUAGAAACGUCGCAAAACUGGGGUGACACAAAAACUCAGACCUCCGACCGUGAAAAACUCAGACCCCUGGAUGUCUCGACAACACAGACACUCAGUUCAACUCUAAGUGGGGUCUGAGUUCUGAGUUUUUGUGACACCCCUUAAAACUGCUUUUCUGGAAAUGAGAGCCUAGUCUUAUGCAGUCCCAUAUCAUAUGAUCAGUUUAAAAUAAUGCUUCACUGACCAGCAUAUCUUUAUCAGCCUUCAAGUGAAGUAUUUAUAAGGGGAUUCAAACAAGGUCUGUAGAAAGCAACCAUAAGAAAAGCCAGUGGGCAGCUACAAGUACACCUGUGCUAGUUGUAGCAAGAUAGUUUUUUUCAUACAUCUUGGCAAUAUGCCUGAAAAAUAGUAUUAUGAUAUUGUCUUUGAUGGUUAGUAUAAAUUAAUUUUCAUUGUGUGAUUCCAGAAAAUAUCCAUACCCCUCUCACGGAUGGUUCUUCCGAUUAGACCCCCCCACCCCCUUGGAAUUUCCGUUCCAGAGGGGUCAUGUAUAACCCCCCACCCGCCAGGAAUUUCCUAUUUUCCUUUUAAAUUUCAUGGCCUUUAUUUGCCGCAUUUAGAGAUUAUUGACCAUGUACUGCUUAAAAUUAACUGUUCUCAUCUUAAGACACAGUUUUUUAUAAUCUUUGACCUAUUUGUAAUCUUUUACAAGGCAAUUUGUAUUUCUUACGCACGUAGAGCACGCUUAAUAAUGAGCAGUCUCUCUUCUUAUUAGUCCAUCCAGCGAAACGCGCGAGGCACGAAAAAAGAGAUUAAUAUGUUUAUGUCAUCUCAAGAAAACAUUUACAGCAUAACUUCAAAUUUGAACUAUUCUUUGAAAUAAAACUAUGUGAACAUUUUCGAAUUUCAAAACGAAUCUUCUUACGGGCAAAGUUUAUCGGUAAAUCUUUGGCUUCCGGUCCCAAAAAUGUAAUUAAGUUUAAUGAUGUACACAUCUAGUCUAAGUCAGUUUCAUCUCAAAUGCAACAUUUACAGCAUAACUUCAAAGUUAACUAUUGAUUUAGCAUUAAACUAUGUGAAGAUAUUCGAAUUUUAACACAUAUCUACUAAAAAAACCAACUUACAAACAAAGUUUAGCGCUAAAUGUUCGGUCUCGGGUGCUAAAGUCACUACAAAGUCGAUGUUUGUUAUUAAUUUUAACUUUGAAUGAAUUACGCUUGCAGUUAAAUAAAUUUCAAGAAUUACAAGAAAACUUAUUUGGGUUAUAAAAGAACAAAAUAUGCAAACAUUCAUUUUGCGUCCCAUAUUUGCAUCGAUGUACAGGGCUGUGCUCUAGCAGAGCCCGGUGGCCCCUGGCGCCCAACUUUUGCCCUCGGGCGACUAGAAAAUCUUAGAUUUUUCAUACAAAUCAUAUGCUGGGCACCCUAGAUUUUACAGUUUCAGAGCACUGGGCUCCCUUCAAUUUUCCUUAGAGCACGGCCUUGAUGUACAUCGGUGAAACAUGAUCUAUUUUGUCGCCUAGCACAUGAUCGAAAGUCUCCUCGACAAAGAAGAAACAGAUCGUUGAUAUUUUCGGGCAAAAGUUGAUUUGGCGAGAAGUCUGUUCCACAAACAGCUUGCCUUCAACGGUACUUUAUUAGAAGUCAAUAAUAAAAUACAGCAAAGCUGUUAUUUGCGUCGUCACGCAACACUUUGUCGCAAUGAGCUCAACCGAAAUUUGCAUAAAGUUGUUUACACGAAGCUCGAGAAAUAUAGGGCUGAGAUAGACAACGUUUGUUCUCGAUUAGCCUAAGUUUUUGUCAGACUAAUCUGCAAUCGAGUCCACAAUCGAGAUACAUGUUCGACAUUAUAAAUCGAUGCGCUAAAAUUUAUCCCCAGAGAAGCAAGGGACCUGUUGAGAAUUGGACCGAGAAUUGCGAUCGAUUUGCCUGAAGGACGAUAUUUAUUUAAGAGACUUCGUCAAAGUUAAACGUUGGACGGACCGACCAUUACAUCUUUAAGUUUUUUCUCGAAAGGGCAUCUAUUUAUGAUUUUUGUUGUGCUACAAUUCAAAAUGAUCCACAUAAUUAUACUUAUGUUUGUUUCGUACGAUCGAUCGCAUCUUUUACAAUGCUGUGGAAAAUUCUUCUCGUUGGCACCCCCCAUACCCCUAGGAAAUUUCUACCCUUUAGCCCCCCCACCCCACCCCUUAGGAAUUUCCAUUGACCAUCCGUGGGGGGGGGGGUAUGGAUAUUUUCUGGAAUCACACAUUUUACAAUAAUCACUGUCUUUUUACUUUCAUAUUCACACAGUCACAUUAUUGUUAUGCUUGCUGAUGACAUGGCCUGUAAUGCUCGCAAUCCAAGGCCAGGUGAGUCUUUAGUUUUUCCUACACUGUUCAUAUCACCUUUAAUAAGCUAAUUAUGAUUUUUCAAAGAAUUUACAUGUAGGAGGUGUAGGAAGUUGUGAUACACCAUUAGUGAUACUUUUCCUUACAAAGGAUUUAAACCUCUAUGUUUCACUGACUUAUGAGCAGAAAUCUACCAAGGCCCACCUUACAAGAGGUGGUUCCUCAGCUAUAAAAUUCUCACAGGGAAAAUAACAUUCCAGAUUCGCCAUUUUCACAUAGUGGCUACAAUUCCUGUUACAGAUUUUCUAAAAUCUAAAGCAAUAGUAGAAGUAUAUAGCAUCCUUCAAGAUUGCCAAUCCUGUUCUGUUCUGACGAGUUCACUCUCUGAGGAUGACUACCGUACAGGUUGUUGAAACGUCAGUCACUGUCAACAACAGUCCUAUGUAGAAUUAGGACUACGUUUACCUGGAUAAUCUUGCUAAACUUACAUGUACUUAUGAAUUGACUCCUAGGUUCAAACCUUUCACACUUCUCAAUGUUUAAAAAAAUUAUCCAUAAUCAAUCAAGAAACUUUACACUUACGACAGUACCUAUAGGAUUUAUAUUUUCAAAAUCUGUUGACGGAAAAGAUUUGGGAUUUCAUGGGCAUCAUUUUGAUGGCCCACAUGUCAUUUCUAGAGGAGUGAUGAACAGGCCUUUUGCAGCAGUUGGUCAUGCAAUCAAGUUGCUGUAAACAAGAAAACAGUUUUUAGCUACAGCUUAGCAUCAACUGAAAGAGCAUAUAAAAUUAAGAAACCUGCAAGUUUUCUGCUGUAUAUCUCCAAAAUAGUGAUUACUAUGGCUGGUAAAGAUUAGAGGGAUUUGUAUGGGAAAAACAACUCUAACCACCCAAUCAUGGUUGAGUGGUUUUGCAAAAAAAUCCUUGUAAUAUUUAAACUUUUGUAAAAUCUUUCCUUAAGCAUCACAGGGCUCAAAUUUUCCUUUGUACAUAACAAACAAUAUUAGCCCUCUAAGGUGUAAGGGAAAGAUUUAAGGAUGAUCUGAAAAUUUUCUCUCACCUUGGCAACAGCCAUUUUGUUGGAACUCAAUUGCUCUCAAAUAUUGUAACAGAUCCCAGUGAACUUGAGUUGCAGCUUUGUAUUUCCAUGCGGUUUAUUGAAUUGUUUUGUCAGACAGGCAUAGCUGUUUUGCAUAAUCAUAUUCAAUUAGACAGGGUCAUUGGAUACUUCUACUUAGUCCGUUUAAUGUAUACUAACAGAAUUGCACAAUAUUUUUAACUGAAAUAAGCGCUGUAAAAUUCUCAGACGUAGAAAUUUUGGACAGUUUUAUUUUGUCUGAAUUAAAAUCAUCUGCGAUUUUUGAGGUAAACAUAAUUAUACAGAAACUUAAUCAUUUCAUUCCCUUUGUCAUUCACAGGCACAGUGUUUAACAAUGCUAAUCAGCAUAUCAAUGUUUAUGGUGAUGACAUUGAAGUGGAUUACAGAGGAUACGAGGUACACUUAAAAAGAUCCCUUACGUGCAAGUACCAUAUAAGGCACAUACAUACCAUUGUUGCCUUUUUACUGUACCUUGAUGCAUUCUAUGUAGCUUUAUUGCUCCACCUACUCCCUUCCACACCUACAACAUGGAUACCGUACCUAUUCAGCUCUGCUUCUAUUUGUUGUGCUUUACCUGCUUCAUAUAACAGCAUGUAGACUUUCUAAGAUUAAUUUUAGUUGGGUCAUCAGUCAUGAGGGAAAAUGUCACUGAAAAAUGUCAAGUUCAAUCCGGGCAAGUCUAUCCAGCAUGCUAUGGCCAGCUUUAGAGAUCUAACUAAGGGACACUCAAGGCUAUUCAUCAUGACAUCAUAGUCCUGUUGUAGGUUUAAAAAAUGCAGCCUCCUAAGGGAAAAUAGAAUAUUGCACCAUUGUCAUGUAAGAAACUUACUUUAAGUGGCAAUGAAUCCAAAAAGGAAAGAAAAGGAAAGGCAGGUUCUUCAUUUACCAUAUGUCAGUACCAAUAAAAAAUUUUGCAUUGAUAAUUACAAUUAUGUCAAAAUCCUGUGCUCCACCUGUCUACCUUCUGGUGUAGUAAUUUUUUUAAGUCGUGAAGAUUUUGAAACACUUAAAAUUUUACCUUCUUUGCCUAGCAUUGCAACCAUAAUUAAAGGCAAAAAGUAAAAUUAAACCUCUGAAACCUUUUGUUACAGGUUACAGUGGAAAACUUCAUCAGAAUCUUGACAGGUAAAACCAAGAAAAGAAAAUGAUUUGUUUUCUUCUUUCCUUUUUCAAUUUUCCAAGAUGGCUUCCCACCCUGUACCAUUAACUAUAAUUAUGAAGUUGCAUAGUCUUUUUGCCUCUCAGUGGAAAUUGUGAUCACUUGAUAUUUUCCAUAUUUUUAUAUAACAGGUCGUCUUCCAUCCAGUGUUCCAAGAUCCAAGCGAUUACUUUCUGAUGAAAGAAGCAACAUUCUCGUCUACAUGACAGGUUUGUUAUUAACAUGAUUAAGUUUCCUAUGAAAACUCAAAGGCGUGGAAGGAAUAUCUUAAUUGUAAUGCUGCUGUUUUUCCUUCUUCCUUGUAGGCCAUGGGGGUGAUGGGUUUCUUAAGUUUCAAGAUUCUGAGGAGAUUACAAGCAUAGAGUUGGCUGAUGCCUUUGAGCAAAUGUGGCAAAAACGACGGUAGGUGUGGCAGUAACAAUGUCAGACCUCAAGGAAAAGGACCCAGGAGUGUAGGACCCUCUCUAGCCUAGCCUGAGAGAAAAACGGCAAACAUUUCACGAUGCUGGUCUCCUCGCAAAAUGACGUCAGAGGGCCAUACUGAUGUUGGUCACUACCCAGAUCUGGGUGAUGCAUUGUAAUUCUGAUUAAUCGUGCCUUGCGGGGAAGUUGCUUUGACCAACCUGCAGUUGUUCCUCAGAUGUUAUUUUGCGUGGAAACAAGAAGUGUGGUUGCAAAUGUGUGCUGUUUUGUCAGGAUAUCUCUGUCCUAGACUAGGUAUCUCAAUACCCACCCCUCAAUCUGCUACUGAGUAAUCCAUUGAACUGCUUGGCAGGGUCCGAAAUUAACUUUUUAAUAUGGGCGCCAACUGGUGAGCAAGUAUAAAUUUUUGGUCGCCAAGGGGCAAAUUAUGGUCGCCAAAAAAUUCCCCUUGGCGGCUUGGAAACGUUCAACUCGUAUUGAUCGUAGCUGUUGUGGAGGUAUAUUUACAGGAAGAUUCGUUUCACUUUUAAAUUAAAAAAAUAUCCGCAGGACGAAUAGUAAGACACCUGUUGGCAAAUAGCUUUGAGGUUUCAAUUCUUAAUCAUUUUCUCCGAACGUGAAAGUCUACAAUGACAACCAGCUUUACGAGGUCGCCAGUUGGCGACCAACUAUGAAUUUCUGGUCGCCAGAACUGAAUUUUUGGUCGCAUUGGCGACCAGGAAGGCGCAAUUUCAGACUCUGCUUGGUAUGCGUCUGUAGUCCCUCAUUUUUAAUCUCUCUAUUUUUGGAUCAUUGCAGGUAUAAUGAGGUGUUCUUGAUUGUGGACACCUGCCAAGCAUACUCCAUGACACAAAAGCUUUACUCACCAAACAUUCUGGGAGUUGGCAGCAGUUUAGUUGGAGAAGAUUCCCUUUCUGUGAGUUCAUCUUUGUGUACAGGGACCCUAAUUAAAUUCCAGAUGACUGUUCAAUCUCGGACUGGAAUCCAGGAUCUCAGCUUCAAAGAUUGAUACUUUAACAGAGCUAAAAAAAUUGAAUUCCAGCUUGUCUUUGGAGCAAGCAGCUCUCACAUUUUGCCUUCUCAGGGCUACUUCUUGCUUGUCUUAGUCAAUGAUUUUGUAAGAGGAUGACUUGCUUGGACCCUGUAAGCUUUAAAAGCUACUUGCCCAACAAGAAAAUAUACGCGCCCUACCUUAACACUGAAUUCACUUUUUUUUUCUCUUGACAAAUGUAUUUAUACAAACUUUGGAUAGGAAAGUUGUCGUGUUUACUGUUUUUUUUUCAUCAUUAUCUAUUUUUUUAGCAUCAUGAAGACCCAGCCAUUGGAGUUCACGUGAUAGACAGGUACACGUAUUACGUUCUUCAGUUUCUAGAAGGCGUCACUCCUAACAGCAAAGCCACCGUGGGAGAUUUGGUAAAUUCAUUUAAUAUUUCUUAUUUGCUAUCAUCAUCAUCAUCAUCAUUAUCAAGUAGCUGUGUUGUUUUAAGCAUGAUAAGCUGUUUUCAGUAGUAUUAGUGACUGACUCAGAACUCGGCUUUCUUGGUGAAGAUUUUUUGUUAACUAUUCUCUCAAGAGUGGUGCGACUCCAACUGAGAGUGACCUAAAACAGUGAAGCGUUGCUUUCUCAAGCUGAAUUGAAUUCACAUUCAGUACAAGAUGAUGUGUUAAGAUGCAUGUAAUUGUAUGUAAAGUAACAGCAUCAUGAUUGAAUGCAAGUGCGUUUAAGACACCAAUCUAUCAACAAUACCAUUAAGAGUAGGAACUUCCUUGGGUAUCAGGAUUUGAUUAUUCAGCUUGCGUUAAUGACACGUUGAGGCACGGUGGUCAAUUUUAAAUCACAGUUUUUUCCUCCUACCUUGUGUGUAUACACGUUGCAAGAGGGUAACCCUGGAAUGGACUAGCAUUUAAUGCUGCAUAAACCAAGCUAAACUCAAUGGUCGUGUUUAACGAUGAUUAUACCUUAGCACAUACAUGCAGUUUAUACGGAGCUCACCAAAGUAUUCUUUGUUCUUGUAGUUCAGUUACACUACGCCAAAUUUAGUGAUAUCUACACCAGGAGUGAGAUCUGACUUAUUCAAAAGGGACCCAAACAAGGUAAAGUGUAUAAAACAUUUCUACAAUGAUUCCAUAACGUGAUCGGAGAUUAAAGGUAUGAAGUACAUUUUCUUCCUUGACAGGUGUCCAAGUCUGUUUGAGUAAGCGACAUGUACAAUCAUGGACAAAAGUCUUGGGACCGACUUAAGCAUUUCUGGGGCGUUUUCCAAUUAACAUACCAAUACCCAACCCCUGCUCCCUUCAACCCACAAACAACGUUGGACGCCUGUAUCCAGAAUUUUUUCGAGUUUCAACUUUGUUUAGAGUGGAGUGAGAGAGAGAGCUGUAAGAAAAUUUCGAGAGGGAUGCACUGUUUUAUGAAGGAACCCAGAAAUUACAGAAAAUCAUAUCAAGCAUGAGACGCAGUGUUUCAUCACCAGGUGAAACACCGUGAAGAGAGUUGAAACUACGACGCGCAGCGAAGUAUUUUUGAGGAACUUCGAGGUGAUUCAUCUGGUGAUGAAACACUCUGUCGAAUGCUUAAUAUUACUUCUUAAACAAAAUGAUCUUAGACGGAGAAAUUAAGGAUGCAAAAAUGACCAGUUUUUCAUCUGAUUUUCAAACCCUCAUUAGACAUUAAUUUCUUUUGUUUUUUCUUUAUGAAUUAUUAAUGAGUUUAAGAAGAAUUCCGCAUUACUCUCCCAAGGACUUUUGUCAAUGGUUGUAAUUGUGGUGACAGAAAUAAAGUUUCCUCCUUUCUUUUUUUAAGGUAUUGGUGACCGACUUCUUUGGCAGCGUUCACAGCGUUGAGAUAUCAAAUUCCUCCGCUACUGAUGUCAAGCAGGAAUCUCUAUGCAGGUACAUCUUCUGUCACACGGAAAAAUAGCUAUGAGGGAUUCAAAAAAGGAUUCUGGCCACAACCAGGCUGUAGCGAGUAUAGAGGCAACUACGCAUAGCUACGACUCAGAGAUUCGAAAGUUGAUGGAGUUGACACUUAACCCGCCGCAUGGUUAGUUGAGUUGGUUGGUCACUGGCCCGCCAAGUGGGAGAUUGCUUUCCAGUCUUCGGGUCGUAUCAGUACUCAAGGCUUUAAAAUAUCUGAGCAGGCCCAGCCUUUGCCUUACGACGCUCGCUACAUAUAAAUGCAUGUUUCUCAUAAAGCACUUUUAAAAGUAAUGUUUAAUGGUGAAAUCAAGAACUAAAAGAUGUCCUAAGUGAAUUAACUGGAAAUAUUUUUCGCGUUGCAGAGGAGACGGUUGCUCGGCACCCGUAAGAGACAACCGUCCUAAAACAGCAGAGAAACGUGUUUUGCGCGAGCAGUUUCCCACCACAGCAAGAAAGGUAUCAUUCAUCAUUCUAACGAGUUUGAUAUAGAUUAUCUUUGUAGCUCUGGUCUGAUCCCGACCUCUGUGUCUGUGACUUUGGGACAUAAAAUACUUGGCGUCAGAUCAGUAGUAUAGGUGAGCUUCUUUGAGCCUCCUGUUUGCGGUGAAAUCUCAUAGGUGAAGGGAAACCAUAGUAAUGUUGUGGUAUCCGUGGUGGUGAUGGAAAACAAUAGAAUUAAGGAAAACCAUAGGAAUUGGUUGUUGAUCGUGGUGUUAAAAUUACAGAAAGAAAUGUUGUAGUGGUGGUGGAACGAAAAGAAUUAGAGUGCGGAGGUGAGGUGGAUAAAAGGUGUUUCGGGAAAAAAGAGACUAUUGCGUUGAAAGAGCUGUGGUUUCCAAAUGUUUAAACGCCAAGAAUUGAUGAAUCGUAACCAUGAAAAGUAAGGAAGAGAUAAAACCUGCGCAAGAAUCUUUAACUAUGGGUUUGUGUUUGUAACCAUCCAAACUGCUUUCCGAAACAAUUCAACCAAAAACUAUGACAAAUAUAACUAUGUCAAACCGCCAAACGUUUUGUGUUAAGAAUACUUAGAUCAGAAUUAACCUCGAGUGCAGGAGUUUUGUGCAACCAGUUCCAGUCCACCCAACGGAACAAUUCCCGGCAUCCAUAAAAAUUAAUUAGUUACAAAGGCAUUUAAUCGCGUUAAUUUAUUUCUUUUUUACAGUCAGAGAAGGUGGAAUGGAAAUUUCCGGUGGAGUUUCUGGUAUCUGUUGCAGUGUUUGUGGUAUUGAUUGGCGUGGCCUCCCUGCGAUAAACCUACUGCAGUACCGAAGACGUCACAAAGAAAUCAAUGUGACGUAAGCUCUUUGCGCUUAGAGACACAAGUCUGUUGUCACGAGGUCUACGUGAGUGACUGUCACGAGGCGGAUAGAAGAGUCAGUGUUACACAUGAUGACAGUAACUUGUGGCGAGGCACACAUUGGAGCUUAUUAUGCGAGUUGUGAGCCACUGAAACGAAAGCUCAUCAAGGGAUGUACGUUCCAAGAUAAAUGGACAAUAACCACCCAAUAUUAAA